CGCCGAUCGUCCGUUCAGUUUCUCUCUUUCUAAUCCGCAUGCACAACGCGCACCGCUGCCGCGCACACGCACGCACGUACUCCUGCAAAACGCGCACAAGGCAUAACAACCCACCAGAAAACACAGAACAAACACUACUCGCACUCACACAGUCACACACUGUACAGUAUUCACACACACCACCCGAGAAGCAGUGUAUUUUUAUUUUUAUUAUUUACAUUUUGUGUACAAAAAUAAUGUUAGUCUGAUUGAUACUAUUAUACGUCUUGUAAAAGGUUAAAUGCAUUGAUCGUGCCGAUAUUGUGCGUUAAGUUUUUAAAUGUGUUUGUGAAUUUUGGUAAGUAUGGCGCGUAUUUAAUAUCAAUUUAUAAUCAUAUUAUAUCAACUUGGUUGGCCGACCGCGGCGGAUUGCGCGUACGACCCAUCGUGACGACGGCGUCCGUAGCUCGACGGACGUCGGUGAUGUACAUAAUAUCCAUCCGCCGAGAAUGGCGUCGUCGCCACAGCCACCGUAUUUCCGGCGUGCUUAACGACAGAACACCUCCUAAUACAUGUCACGUUGUCGCGUGAUACGAUACGAUCACUUUGUUUUUGUAAAUCGAAAAUUCGAAUUCGCGCUUUGUCGAUGUCCGUUCGUCCCUGAAUCCUUGAAUUCCGUAAAUUAUCGCGCCAAACCGUGGCACAUAUGCUCCCUUAGCGCGCGCAUCUCCCCCUCUUCCGCCGCCGCCGCCGCCGCCGCCGAUGCCGCCGGUAGAUAUUCCACACGUAAAUAUAUGAUAUAAUACUUUUGGGACGUGUGUGGUAUACGCGCAACAAGGGUUCUCCAGUAUUGGUUUUCGCAUUGUUCUCAUUGUCUGAAAAAGACAUUUAUUUUCUUGAGCUGUAGGUAGGUAUAUGAUGUGUGUUUUUUUUUUUCGUGUAUCAGCCACCAUCACCUAAAUCUGUUGUGUCGUGUGUGUGUUGUUCAUAAGAUACCCGAUAUAGUCUUUCUAAUAUACUUGUUUUCAUUGUGAAACUAUCGCUUAGAAUGCCUAACUGUAUUUACUGUUAGAUGCGUUUUUGGUUUUUCUUUUAGGCCUCAAACAACAAUUGCAUUCGAGUGCUUUAUUUUGUUUUGUAAUUUCAGAUUUCCCUGUAAAUACCGUUGUACAUAGGGGAUAGGUGGCAUAAAAUCACUGUCCAAUAAUAAUAUCUACAUUAAAAUGAGUGGCGCUAAAGGUGUUGUGAAAAACAACGCCAAGACGUCAGGCAAAAACAGCAGCCCUAACACAUCUACACAAAAUGCAGAAUCAAAAGAUGUUGCUCAAAACAAAACUCAUGAUAAAGAAAAAUUACAGGUAAAUUUAAUGUGUUAAUUUAGGUAUCUAUUUAUUUGAUGUUUGUAGCGUAUGUUUUUAUAUUAUAUUUAUCUAGGUAGUUAAGCCUAAUAUAUUCAUUAUCUAUUUUACAAAUAAGGUGUUUAUAUGGGGGCUUGGCUAAAUUUAAGUUUGGAUGAGGUAGUUUAGUAUCUUUAGAAAUUAUUAUUAUGUAGACAUCUUGAGCAAAUUUGAAUUCAUUUUUCAUUUUAAAAAUCUUUAAUUUUUUAUUCUACAGAGGAAUUUAAUAGGUUAUUGCUAGAUUAUUAACUUAUUACUCAGGGUUUGGUUUUGAAAUGUUCUAAAUAAUAAUAAUAAUGAAAAAAAAUUGAACUAAAAAGCACUUGGCAAAAAAAAAAAAUAAUAACUACUGAUAAACAGUCAAUGACUGCGGAUUGAUAUUCAAUUUAAUUAUGAAUAAUAGAUACCAAUAUUAAAAUAUAACUACACGUGUGUAUUUUCUACUCAUUACCAGUUAUUUUAAAUAUAUUAUUAACGACAUAAUUUAUACGGCAAAUAUUUUCAAAAUUAUUGUUAUAAAUUGAUAAUUUAAUGUAUAAUAUCAAAUUAAGGUGAAACAAGGUAAAUAUGUAUUAUCUAUUAACAAGGAAAUGAAAUGAAAAACAUUUUGUUACAAGGAUUGUCUUUCUAUUAGUUACAAAAAAAAAAAAAUAAUAAUAAUAAUAAAGUUAAAGGACUAGUCUUCAAAUAUAAACUCUAGUUUUUAUCUAUAAUAAAAUGAUAACACUGAAAAGUAUUUUUAAGCAUUUAUAUUAUUCUUUAAUGAAAAAUCAUUUUAAAACAAUAUUUAAAUGUAGCAAUUUGUUUAGCUUAAUAUCUUAAACUAAACAAACUUCUAGAUAAAAUAUUUUAUCUGGUUGUUUAUAGUAGUUGAUUAUAUCUUUACUUGGUAUUAACUAAGUAAUUACACAUAAUUACUAAAGUACCCUUAAUUUCUUCAUUUUUUUUUUAAAGAAAUUAUAAAUUUAAUAGAUGAAAUUUAUGACAUAUAAUUGACCUAUUUUUCAUUAUUAUUUUGUGUUAUUACUUGAAUAGGUAUUUAAUAUUAUUUAUAAUGGUAAAAUGGGGAAUAAAUGUAGUAUUUUAACUUUAAAUUUGUUGUUAAUUUUAUUUCUAACUCUAGAUAAUAAUAUUAGUAUAAUUCUCUCUAGAUGUAUUAUUAUAUUAUGUAUGUACAUAUGUAAAUUAAAAUAACAUUAAAACCUAGGUAUAAUUAGAUUCAAUUCAUAUUAAUAUUAAAUCUACUCAUUUUUUACUUAAUAUAUUUGUAAAUAGUAGGUUUCUACAUAAAUGAUUCUAAAUAUUAUCUUAAAAAUAAAUAUGCCUACUAUUAUGUACAUUUAAAUAUAGAUGCUGAGUGUUUAUAAAGUUUUUAAAAUAUUCUAGUGUGUUUCAAAAACUCUUUGUUAGAGUUAACUUGAGUAGGGUUUACUCUUAGUAGCCUAAAAUGAACUGUACAUCUUGCGUGACUUCAAAUCGGAUUACUCCAAAUGAAUGAUGGUCAAUAUAUUCAACUGCGUCUUAUUGAUAAAUAAUAACAUUAUAUACCUAUUGCAUUUUUUUUUUAAUAUAAUAUUAUACGGGUUAUUAAUUUUUAUUUAUCAAAAAUAUUGAAAACUAGACUGUAAAAGUUAAGAAUUAUUUAUAAGCUUAGAUUCAAUGGAGAAAUAAAAUAAUUAUGAAGGUUGUAAUCGUAGAUUACGUUCUUGUGUUAUCAUGAACUACUCAUAGUUAAUUAGAGUUGAGUAUCUGAGCAUAGAAGUUAUGAUAUUUGCAUAUUUUUUUUGAUGAAUUCUAAAAUACUCAACUUUUCAUAAAAUUCACUGCAUAGGCAUCAAUAGCCAAAAAAACUUAUGUAAACUUAGUACUUGUUAAGGAUUUCAAAUAAGGAGGAGUUAAACUAUUUAAUCGCCCCCAGCCUAAAAUAGUAUUGUUUUGUAAGGUUAUAAAUUACCUCAGUAAGUGAUAAAAAUCUCGAUAGUACUGAAUUGGUUGGCCAAAUUUGUCUAAUAUUGUUUUGCAGUAGUGUUGGGUAUUGACCUAGUAAAUUUUUUUUUAGUUUAAUACCCAGUAUUUACCCCAUACAUUAAUUUUAAAUGUAAUAUUUUGUAUAUUUUAUAUCAAAACUUCUCUUUUUAGAACUCACAUUGUAAGCUAUCUACAUAAACACUAAUCACGUUGUAUGUUAUCUAGUCGAUAAAUGUGGGUCGGACAUUGAUUGCCAUUGGCGGUGUGCUCUUGUGUCAUUGGUAUAAUUAUGUAUUUGUUAGCGGUUAAAUCCAAUUUCGGAGUAAAUUAGUUUAUACUUCACACCAGAUCUGUUUAGCCUGUAAAACGCAGAUGUGUGUGUGUGUGUGUGUGUGUGUAUGUAUGUAGUCUGCUGAUACAGAAUAUUAAGUCUACUUUAUAUCCCGUUUGUUUUUUUUUUUUUGUAACAUUUUGUUUGUUGCUUCAAUAAUAAUAAAAAAGUUAAAUGCUUCAAAAUAAUCAGAAACAGGUUUUCAGGGGUAAAAAAAAAACCCCCGAAUGGGAUGACGUAGAUUACGGUUGCAGUGUAGAUAGCAUAUGAUGUGAGUUCUAUUGAUUUUAUACUUUUUUAUAACCAUCAAAUGUUUAAUGAACAUCGUAACUAAUUUCUUAAUUUUUGUAUAAUAUUAAACACUUUUAUUUAAUCUUUUACAACUAAAUCUAACAAAAAUAAAAUGUUUCUAAACAAAUAAAAUUCAAGUUAAUAAGUUGUUAAUUAAAAUUUUAAAUAAAUUAUUAUUAUUAUUAAUUAUUUCAAUAAUUGGUAUAAAUAUUAGUUUACAGUCAAAGUUUGUUUUUCAAUUUUUUUUUUUUCAAAAUGUGUGUUUUUUUUAAUGCUUAAUAUUUUGGUGUAAUCAAAACUUUACCCUGUUACCUAUCCGACAUAGUUGUUUUGCACAACAAAUCGAGGGUUAUUUUUGAUUAAAAUUGUUUGAGUUACUGCAGCGAAAUACAGCACGUUUGAACAUUUGCAACUCUAAAUUAAACCAAGUCAAAUAGACUUAUUCUAACUUCAAUAAAUAAACUUUGUUAUCAAAUUAUCAAUUAUUAAAAAUAAUAAUAACAAAAAUAUCUAUUUUUGACCAUAUUUUGAAUUAAUUCCAAAAAUGCUAUUUUUCAAGAUUUAUGUACAAAAAUCAUAGAUGUAAGUACCUAUGAUAGUUAAGUUUUGAUUAUACCAAUGUAUUAAGCAUUUAAAAACACAUGUUUUGAAAAAUGAACUCUGGGACAGUAAACUAUAUUUUUUCCAUUUUUUUUUUUUUUUAUAUAAAUAUUACAAUUUGAUAAAUUAAUGAAAAUUUUUUUAUUUUUUUAGAAUAAACAUUUGGUCAAGAUAAAAAAAAUUAUAUUUACCUUAAUUUUAAAUGGGUAAAUAUACCCAAAAUAUUUACAUAACCUCUGAUUAAUUACUCACGAUAUAUCUGUUUAUUUAAUAUUUUAUAAUUUUUUAUCCAAUUUAAUUCAGGUUAUUGAUCAUAAUCAUUAAAUUUGUAUGUAAUAAAGCUUACAUCCUAAAAACUAAAUAAAUUAAUUGAACUCUUAAUCCCACAAUAAGCAUUAGCUUAUAAGGGUUUAAUAACUUAUGUAAAUAAUAUGUUAAAUCUAUAUAUUUUGGUUACAAUAUUAUAAUACUUGAAGUGUUCUUAAUUUGUUAAAAAUUCUAUAAGUUAUUAAACAUUAUUUAUUUUAGGGCCUAUCCAUGUAUAAUUUUAAUAAUAGAUAAGUAUUGAAAUAUUGCGGUAGGUUCCCAUGCAAGCUACCAUUAUAUUAUGAGAAUUGAACAAAAGUUAUUUAUACCAUUUGUAUUUAAUGUUAGGUACAAUAUAAAAUGGUGAUUUAAUAAUUAAUAUAAAUGACUGAGUUGUAAAUUAUUGUUUUAGCCUACUGCAGAACAAUUAAGAAUUGCUAAAAUGAUUGAUCUUAAACCUGAUGAAGAAAUAAAAGACAAAGUUAAACAGGUUAGAUAAAUAUUUGACUUAUAGAAUUUAAGUUAUUAUUAUUACAUUUAUAUCAUUAUUAGGUGAUGCUGAUUACUCAAAAGUCUGAAGAUGAAAUUGUGAUUGCCUUGCAUGACCAUGGUUUAGAUAUUGCAUUAACUAUUGAUGCACUUUUUGAAGGAACCCAGGUAUAUAAUUUGAAGUAUAGUAUAUUAUUGUUUCUUACUUUUUAAUUUUAAUGAAGAUCAAAUUUUCUUUAAGGAAUCAUGGUCAACAACAGGCAAAAAAAAGAAGAAUCGAGCUAGUAGUAUCAAUAAAAAAGAUCAAGAUGAAUUAAAGAAUGGUGAAGUAGAUGUAGUUGGUUAGUAAAUAAAUAUUAUUAAUUGAUUUUUACUAAUAUUUGUUUCACAUUUUUUAAAAAUGUUUGUAUUUUAUUUUAUUAGAAGUAGAUUGGGAUGCAAAUUCAACACCUGUAGUUAAUAAUACUAUUCAAAAUAAUAAUGCAAAUUUCAGUGAAAGACGUAGUCGUGGUCGUGGUGGUCGGGGAAGUUUUAAUAACAGGCCUCGACCAACGGAAGGUCAGCGAUUUGGAGAGUCACGUAAAUGUUGGUGUUAUUUUCUCCUAUCUUGAAUUCACUUAAUUUAUUUUAUGUCAACAGGGAGAGAUCGCGAUAACAAAGAUGGUGAAAAAAAUUUACCCGAAGAUGGUGCUAAUGGAGAAAAUCGUAAUUUCCGUUCUGAAAGCAGAGGACCACGUAGGGGUGCUAAUGGACCACGUUACAGUGGUCGUUCUAGAGGUACACGUAUGUUCCAAAAUAGUGAACGUGGAAAUUCUGGACCAAGCGGUAGUAAUAAUAGUGGAUUCAAUCAACCUAUUGAUACUUGGUUUAAUCCAACUGCCUCAAAAGACUCUAAAAAAGGUAAUUACAAUAAAACAUAAGUAGAUUGAUGCCAACAUUUUUAACCUUUUUGCGGGGCAUGUGCACUGUACAACUUAAAAUUUUACUUAAGAUUCUAAUAGACCUUCUUUUUGAUUAAGAAUUAUUUGUUUAGCUAAAAAUAAUUUGAGUUACAGUUACUUGAAAUUUGCAAAAUUAUUAAUUUUUCAUAAAUUUUUUAUUUUAUCAUAUACUUAUUACUUAUUUUUAUACUUUAAAUAAAAUAAAAAAUUGUGUAGGAUUGUAAUUUCCUCCAAAGUGGAUGUGUUUCAGUCUAAUUAAUUUAAUAUUAAAUAUCUAAAUUUAAAUAUUAUUUAAUAAUAAAUACAUUUGACGAGUUUUCAGCCAUUUUCUCUUCCAUUUUUGUUUUUUGUUCAUGUUUUGUCUUCUUCCUUAUUAAUGGGAUACAUUAAAUUGAAGUAGAAUAAAUUAGAAUAAAUGAUAAUGUUAAUAGGAGAAAAAGUUAAAAUUAAUAUUAUGUUGUACUGUAAUUACUAAUUCAUAUAUAAUUGAUAAAUAUAACAUUUUAUAAUUUACUUUAUAUCAAUUUGGUAACACUAGGUAUUAGUAUUCAACUGUUUCUUUAUAUUAUUAGAUGAUGAUAAUUUGUGGUUUAAUAUAUUGUAUGUAUAAUAAAUUUAUUAAGUAGACUAUCUACCACAUGGGUUUCUUAAAAACUGUAUACAGGAUAAGUAUUACUAUAUAGAUAGUGAUGAUAUUAAUAGUACAAAUAUACAAUUUAUAUUUGUACAAAAUUUAAGUAAUUUAAAAUAUAGUGAUCAUAAAUAAAAUUGUAUUAACUCUAUAGAAAACUGUUGAAGUUUUUACUAAGUUGACUAUUUUAAUUAAUAUUUUGACUUGGAAACAAGUCUAUUUUGAAGUUAAUGUAAAUUAGUUUAUUAAAAACAGAUUUACUCUGAUUUUAUAGACUAUCUCUUAAGUUUGAUCUAAACCUAAAUUAUCGUGUUUUUUGUAUGACUAACUAUUUUGAAACUAUAUCCAUACUUAACUAGUAGUAUACUACUAGUAGUUUACUUAUAGUAGUCUUAAUUUUGAAAUUUUAGGUUUAGAUAUGUGCUGAUAAAAUUAAAAAUCUAAAAAAAAAAAAAUUGAGGUUUAAGCCACAAUUUUAAUGAAUUUUUGAACUUAUAGAUAAGAAAUCCAUGCCUAUUUUUCUUUUGUGUGUUAGUCAAUUCAAUUUCGAUAAUAGCAUAUUAUAAUUUGACUUCAUUGUAUAGUUAUUUAAUUUAAUUUAACUAAAUAUAUUUCCUCAAUAGACAACUGGGAUACUUUUCCUUCUCCUGAAGACUGGGAUAAUGAAGAGUACACUGGGUCAUUGGCUGACACUAAAGUAUUUACACCUAGUGGUGGUACUGAGUCUAUUAUUGUAAAUAAUGAAGUUCUAGAAACUAAGCCAAAUGAAAAUGCAUAUUUAGAAUUAAAUGACUGGAAUGAUGCGGUUCAAGCACCCAACCCGCCAGUAACAACUAUAAAUAAUGUAAUGAUUAUAAUAUUUAUAAUAAAUUCGAAAAAAGUUGAGUAUUUUGUAUAUCUAAUUGUAUUUGUUAGAAUCCAGCUUCUGAGAAACUUGCUUCAGUAACCAAAACAAAACUGACACCAGAACAAUCACAGUACUUGUCUUCAUUGACUCAAGAGAGCCAAUUAAAAAAAGGAACUACUCAACCCCAACCAAGUGUUAAUACUUUCAAUUCUCAUCCUCCAGGUAAACAUAUAAUAUUAAUGUAAUUAAAUGAAAAUUGAAUGCAUUUUUUUUUAUGUGUGCUUAGUGGAAUUCGUUUCUUCACCUUUUGAAGAAAAUUCAAUGGGCCCGGGAAAAAAACCAACCUUGCGUGCUCGUAUACCUCCACCUUCCAAGAUACCACUAAGUGCUGUUGAAAUGCCACCUGAUGAUUCAAGUGUUAAUAUCAACUUCUUAGAUGUUUCGUUUGGUGCUGUAGACCUUUCUGGUGAGGUGACACAACAAUGUGGUGACUCACAGGAUCAAAAUCCUUUGCCACCUGUUAAAUAUGAUGAUUCGGUUGCUCAGAAAGUAGAUUCUGUGCUUACACAGACUGAAUAUUCAGCAAUUGCUAAUCAAGUUGUAGUCCAGAAUCAAAGAACUCCUCAGGUAGUAAAUCAGCCACCUCAAACAACAACAAAAAUAGGACCGCCUCCUGGUGUUCCUCCUCCUGCAGACUACUUAACUAAACAAAAUACUGCAGCCACUAAUCCUUAUCAAAAUGUAAAUACUAUUAAUUCAGGCCAACCUACAUCAAUGUACAAUUCUUCCGUAUAUUCAACUAAUCCACAAGUAUGUAAAUUUAAAAUUUAUCUAUAUUAUCUAUAAUAAAUUAAUGAUUGCCCAAUUGUUUAAAUAUUGAAUUAAACUCAAAAUCUUAGUUCAAUUGUUUAAUUUGAUUUUUAAUUUAUACAUGAUCUGAUGAAAAGUAAUUAAUCUAAAUAAUCUUUCUAAUCAUUUGUUUUAAAUUGUAUUAUUCAUUUUUACCAAUACUAUACAAAAUUUGAGAGAAUAGUUAAUGCUGUUUAAAAAAAUUGUAUGUGGCUAACCAAUAAGGGCUGGGUGAAGGACAUAAAUGUAAAAGGAAAGUUAUAGAUUUAAUUGUGUGACCUUAAUUUAAGUUACAUACAGAAUAAGAAACUACAGUUUGUCAAUGUAUCAUACAGUCAAUGGACAAAUUGGACUUUAUUUAGACAACUGUCUAGCUAAUUAUUAUUUAAAUGAUAUGAUAUGUACACAAUAUUUCUUUUUUGAGUUAUGCUAAAUUUAUGAACUUAUUUUACUUUGAUAGCACAAAUUAAGAAUUACCUUGUGGAUUUUGUGGACCUUGAGAAAUUAGUUAAGACAUUUUAUUUGUACACACACUUCUAUAUUUUUAAUAAAAGUGAUUAAGUAUUCAUAAAAUAGUAAUACUAAAUCAAAUUGUCUACUAUUAGAGAGUGACAUCACUGCAGUGUUGUUAGAUUAUAAACCACACCAUUCUGCGGCCCAAAUAAUUAUCAAGACUAGUAAAGAAACAAUAUAGGGUUCUAUUGCAUUUAACAGGAAAAUAUUUAUUUUUAGUUAAUUCACAAUAUUGUUGAUGUUAGAUAGACCUAUUAUUACCUAUUUUGGAAAAUUAUUUAGUUAACACAAUAUUUAUUUUAGGGAAUUUCCAGCCAUUCAAGUUUAUAUGGUGCAACGGCAUCCAAUAUUGGUGUAAAUACCUCUAAUCCCCACAUUCCUCAAUUGUCUCAAUCAAGCCACUCAAUAUUAAAUGCCAACUACCAACAAACGGCUGCACAACCACCGUUUCCAUCAUACUCUUACCCAAAUCCAGCCCAUUCAUAUCAAGCAUCUGGACUUACCUAUCCUAUUGUGUCAGCUGGCAAUAUAGCAUCAAUGUAUACACCAUCUUCAUAUUCCAACUAUAAUAUUCAUCAAAAUUUACACCAGACAGGCAAUACAACUAAUUUGUCAAAGUCUACAGCUUCAUUGACUUCAACAACAAAUUCUACUAAAGACAGUCUGGUAAAUAAUAAUGGUAAAUAAAUUGAUGUUUUGUUUGUUACUUUUUUUUUUUUUAUAUUUGUCAUUAGUAUGAACAAUCUCAACCUUCAAGUAACCCUCUUACAUCAAAUGCUAGUUCAAGUGGUAAUAAUAUAAGUGGUACAACAUCAAGCAUUGGGCUCGCACAGAGUACUUUAUUGACUUCCAAAUCCACCACACCGACAAGUAAUUAUUUUGUUUAAAAUGAAAAUAGAAUUUCUUAGCUGUACUAUUUUUAUAAGUUAUAAAUUGGGUUUAAUAUAAUUGAGUUUAAUGUUCAUUUGCUGCAUAUCAAAAUUAGCUAGUUUAUAAAAAGAAAAAGUUUUAAAUACAAUACUCGUGUUCAAUUUAGCUUAGCAUACUUGUAUCUUUAUGCUAUACCUAAAAGUUACUUAAUUUACUGUAAAUAUUACAGGCUAUGAACAAAAAUUAUAUUAUAUUUGGGUUUAUGUUUCUUCUUUUUUUUCAUAUAAAUUGAAUUAAGUAAAAUACUGAUUAUAUUUCUGAAAAAUUAUUUUCAUUGGUGGAAAGUGUACAUUCAUUUAACACUGGUUCUGUUAGUAAUUUUUGAAUUUUAAUACUUUUUGAUACAUAUAAUACAAAUCUAUAACACUUCUUGGUAUAUUAUAUUGUUUGUUUUUUGAUUAAGUUCAUAAAUGUAUAAAUUAUUUUUUUAAACUUACUCAAGAAUAUAUGACUGGUCUAAAAUCAGUCUGCCACUGUGCUCCACAAAUAUUAGUCAGUUUUUCCAACAAUUUUGUUUCUGAUUUUUCUAAAUUAUUGUGAAAACCCCUUGAAAAAUCAUGAAAUGAUUCAAAAUCCAAAAUGCAACAAAAAUAGUCCCUUUUUAUUUAUUGAUUGGAUCAAGAUAUCUGAUUAAAAAAAAAGUUGUUAAUAGACAAAAAAAAUAAAAUGAAAGUAACAAACAUUGUUAUUUGUUUACUCUGGUAAACACUGGGAAAAUUAAAAAUGGAAUUUUGUAGCAACCAUAAAUUAUUGAUUGUUAUUUUGAUCUUUAUAACUAAUUCAUUCUAAUUUUAAAAAUUUAAAAUACAUUUAAUAGACUAAAGAAUAUUUAUUUAAAAUUAUGUGUAUUAUAAUUUUUUAAAAAUAGCAUUUUUAGAAUAAAAAUAUUGGUUGCAUAACUUUAACCUUAAUUAAUUUUGGUUUUUUUUUUAGCAAAUAAAAGUGGUGUAUUAUCGGGUAUGCCUCCCGGGGUUGCACCUCUUGUUGGUGCUCAGUAUAUAUUGAGCCAACAGGGUAUUCCAGGAUAUUAUCAUCAAUCUCAUCCUGUAAUGUACAGUGAAGAACAUGUACAAAUGGUUCAAUCACGGUUACCUCACCAUAUGGUAAAAUAAAAAUUAUAUAAUAAAAAAAUCAGUACUAACAUUUUUAAUUUUACACUGUAACUUUUAGACUAAUUUUUACUCACCUGAUCCAAUGUAUCCUAAUGUAUCCACCAGUCUCACUGGUAGAGAAACCGCUGGAUCUGGUAUUUCCAAUGUUGCCGGGUACUCUUCCCUAACAGAUUCACGUUUUGCACGUUCAGACAAUAAUGCCUCACCUGUUCCAUCUACUUUAUCGCAACAGGUAAUUUAAUAUCAUAAUAACAUUAUAAAUAUACAUUUGUUAUAUAUUAAAUAAUGAAUUAUUUAUAAUAAUUGUGCUAAUAAUACAGGUUAUGAGGAUAGUAUACCUGCAUGUGCUUUUUCCAUUUUACAUCCGCGCAAUGUAGUAAAUUUUUAUUCAGUAGAGAAAAUUCUGUGCUGUUAGUUUAAUUUUAGAGCGAAUUAACCUAUUACUGUACUUAAAGAAUUUUUGGACUUUUGUUUUUGGUUUUUUUUUUUUUUUUUGUGUUAUUUUAAUUCUUAAAUGAAAUGUUACCAUUUUUAUAUUGUGACAUUUCAAUCAUAUCCCGCUUAAAAAAUUUAAAGUUAUGAAAAAAAAAAACAUGAUAACACCACAUAUUCUUAUCCAAAUUUGAUAAUAAAUUAAUUUACUCUUAAUAUUAAAAACUUACAACACAGAAUUGUCCCUGAUGAACAAAAUUUAUUAUGUUUUGAUAUUACAUUUACAAAUUAGGAUCUAUCUUCAUUUUUUUAUAUUAGAAAUUGUACAAUCUAUAUUAACAAACACAGUGAGUAAAUGUGGUAACAUGCAUAACAAAACAAUAUAAAUAUAAAUGACAGAAUGGCAUAAGGGCGACCAUCCAAUAAAUAGAACCUUUCAGAGUUACAGUAAAGAUGGUUGAUUUUUUUUUUUUUUUUUUUUUUUUUUUAUAUCAUAUAAAAGAACUCGACACCAGCUCCUUUUGAGGCUUGUCAGGUAGUGUAAGUGAGGAUAGGUGGAAUAUAAGAUAAUUUCUGUAUUGCUGAUGUUGCUGUAAUUUUUUGUGUAAUUUAAUAUUGUUUGGUAUUGUUCAACAGUUUGGAUUUUUAAGUCCUUGUGGAGUGCAUUAUUUGUGAAAUACUAUGCAGAGGCUAUGAGACAGGGAUAUAGAUUGGAAUGCUUGAAUGGUUUGUAUUUGGGACAGUUUAGUACUUCCCCAGAUUUGUGAACCUUAAGUCCAGACGGUGCUUAAAGAUAUUUAUAUAUUGUUAAUUUCGAAUUUAUUGAAUGUUUGGACUUAAAUAUUGGAUAAAGUAUGUGUAGGCGAUUAUUGAAUAAUUUGCGUUUGGAUUUUAGCUGGAGCCCCAUGUUAAUCUUCUGUCGAUUAUGAUCCAUUGAUAUUUUACUAGUGGUGUAUUUAGGAUUGUAUCUAAGAUCUAUCUUUAUUUAAAAAUGGUACAAAAUUGCUGGUAGAAAAGUAGUUCACAGAUAAAAUAAACAUCAAUAGUAAAACCAAUACAUUUUCUCGCUCUGCUCAGAAUCUAAAAAUUAAAAAAGUAAUAUUGAGUUUGUAUUUUUGUUGGAAUUUUGUGAGAGGGAAAAAUACUUAAGAAGAGUUAAUUAUAUAUCCUAAUGUUCAAUUUUAAUUUUAAGUAUGUUUUGGUUUGUUGUUGAUUUUUGAUUACUCAUUUGACACUAAAUACAAAUUUGGAAUUUUCAAAAAUAAUACCAUAAUUGUUUUAGUUUCUAAACUUAACCGGAUCUCUAGAAGUAUGUCUAAUUUUCCCCACCACUUAUUUAUUGGUCUAAAAGCAGCUUGAACACUAUUCAAUGAAAUCUUUAGAUCUUAAUGAUUAUUGAGUGCAGACAAAUUCACUUUUAUAUGUUCUUAAAUUUUGGAAUUGUUACUAUACAAGUUAGGAUAUAAAGAUGAUCCCCCUUUAAUUUAAUUUUUAAUUCAAUCUGUUGAAAAAAUAUUUGUUUUACUCAUAAGAAGCUUAAGCUAUUUCAAUGUUUGUUUGUCACAUUGUUUAUUUUUAAUUGAAUUGCCUCAAAUAAACAGAAAUGAAAAUAACAAACUGUUGUUGUUUCUUUAAUUUUCUUGUUAACAAAUAAUUUUUACUGAUUAUUAAAAUAACUUAAAAAAAAAAAAUAAAAAAAAAGGCUCUGACAAUGUUCGGUUUUAUAAAGAUAGUGUUAUCAAAGCAAGAUUUCUGGUAGAAAUGUUGUUCAAACACAAAAUAAAAAAUAUAUUGUGAACCCAAUUUCUUUUUGGGUUAGGUGUGCAUUGAAUCUAAAUCAUUUUCUAUUAAUACAAUUAUUUUUAAAUAUCUUGUUACUUUUUAAAUUUUUCUAUCUACUCUUAUUAAUAGCCUAAGUAAAAAAUUCUAACAAAAAAAAAACUAAUAAUAUACAUAGUAUUUAUAGUACAAUAGUAUUUACAAAAAUCAAAGAAAUUACAUUUUGUCAACUAAUUUUUUUUUUUUUUUUUAUUGAAAAAUUUACAACCUAUACAUAUUUUGCACAAUAAGUAAAUGUGAGGAAGGAACAAAUUAAUUUUCAUUUGAUGACACUAAACAGGAAGCCAUCCAAUGAUAGAAUCCAACAAUUAAAAUUGAAUGUUGUAGAUUGUAGAUUGUUGUUGAUUAGUUCUUUUUUUUCAGUCACAUGAGUUUUGUUAUUUUUUAAUGUUAAAUAUUUAUGUAGCCUGUGUAUUUAAAUGACUUAUUUGCUGAAAUAAUAAAUAAUAAAUUUAAAAAAAUGAAUUUUAUUAAUCUUAUUUUAAAAUUUUUUGUUUAGUCUGGAACUUUGGCUCAUCAACAAACAUUGUUAAAUCCAGCGUUAACUCCCAGUUACACCUAUUAUUAUGGUCAAUCUGUGAUACCUGCUAAUCCCUUCCAAUAUGGUACUGUGUAUCCAGUAAGUUAUCAAUUUAUUUUAUAACUGUUAUGUUUUUUUUAAAAAAAUUCCAUUGAGUAUAUGACUUGCUUUUUUUUAGAUUAGGUAUGCUUUAAUAAUUGAUUAUUAAAUGAUGAUUGAGUACCUAAUUAAUUAAAAUUAGUUAUUACUACAUAAAUUGCAUAUUUUUUAUGUUUAAAUGUUCAAUAUAAAUUACAGUACUUAUUUUAUAUUGUAAUUCUCAUAUGCUGAAUUAUACAUUUUCCUCUAAAAAACAUAAUUUUCUGUUAAAUAAAGUAAAAGGUAGAAAAAUGAUUGUUCUUACAUUUUUUUUUUUUUCAAUAUACAAGGAUAGAGUUAUACUAUAUUUUAAAAUAUAUAUGUAUAUAUAUAUAUAUAUAUAUAUAUAUAUGUUUUAUGAAUUUUAAUCUUAACUUAUUGGGCAUAGAUAAAUAAAUUAAUCUUAUUAAAAAUGUAUUAAUUUAUUAUUAUUAAACAAAUUGUGAAAUUAAUUAUAUCAAUGUAGCUACAAUAUAGAAUUGAGUUUCCUAAAAGAUAAUCGAUAAUUUUUUUUUUUUUUGCAGACACUCUAAUUCUAUUGUUAAAGUUUAAUGUCAAAUGGAUUAAUUUCAAUAAAUACUUGAAAGAAAUUGAAUUUCCAUUUUUAGUUUUAUUUUUUUAAUUUUAAGGAUUUUUAAACAUGCGCUACUGUCAUUAGUGACAGUAGACUGUGAUUUGUGACAUUAUUUUUUAAAAAUAAAUUAAAAUUUAAGAAAUGUUGAUUUUUAUUUAUUGAAUUAACUCUAUUAAUAAAUAACAUUUGAUUAUAUAAAACAAAUUGUAUAAUUUUAAUAAAAUAUUCAAUAAAGAAAAUAAAUGUAUAUUAUUUUAUUUUAUUUAACUUCCAUUACUUAUAAAAGAUAUAAAAACUUAAUUUAAAAGUAAUAUCUUUUUUACAUCCGUAUGCCAUUGCAGUCAAUUUUUACUAUUAAAUUGAUUUUAUGAAAUUAUUAUUUUAAUUAUAUUUAAUAUUUAUUUUUUCUAAAUCUCCUUUAUUAAUGGAAUACUUUUAGUAACAAAUUAUUUGUAUUCUGAUAGCCUAUUAUCAUAUUAUUUGCAAAUAAUUUCAAAUUCGAGGUUAAUAAUUAUAUGCAAUUUAUGUUGUUGAUAAAUAAUUACCCAAACAGAAAAUCUAUUCUAGAUAAAUUUAAAUAUUAAUGUUGUGUAAUACUUUGAUCUCAUUUAUUUAUUAUGUUAAAAUAAUAUAGAACUUAACAAUAAGUGAUUAGUUAUUUUAAUUGAGCAUUUCAUCAUCAUACUAUUAUCAUUAAAUACAGUUAGUAUUUUAAUUGGAAUGGUUAAUGUACAAGUAUAAAAUUUGAGGAUAUAAUUAUAUAUAUUAUAUACAUUUGAAGUCAAUGUUUUACCCUAUUUUGUAGGUAACAGUAACUUAAACAUUUUCUUAUUUUAUUAGUUUUAUUUUAGGUAAUAUUCAUAAUUAAGUAAAUUGCUGAUCUAUUAUUUAUAUUUAUAAAUACAAAUAUAUAUGUUAAGUAUUUCUAUACCUAUAUUCAUAUGUUAAAUGUAAUGUAGAAAAUCUGGGCAUUUUUGGGCAGCACAAAUUAUUUGUUAUAAAAAUGUUUAUAAUUCAUACACUGUUUAUUUAUGUAAAGACUUAUCACAGGCAAUGUUAAUUAAAAAAAAAAAUUUGAAUCUAGAAAAAAUUGAUUACAUAUUAUCUGAUUUUCUACUUUUCUCUAAACAUAAUUGAUUUUUUUUAAUAUCUAAAUGUUAAUAAUUGAAUAAAAUUUAUAUAUACUUACAGUGUCCCGUGUUCGAUUUUUCUAAAGUUCUUAAUGUUUUAUUUUAAAAUUUUUUUUUUUCACCAGCCUUUUCUUUGAGUGGGACAUAUAUUUAGAUAACAAUUAAAUAUAUAAUUUUCAUCUCCUAAUCAUUAAAAAUAAAAAUAAUUAUAACUUUAUUUAUUCAUUUAUCAUUUUCAAAAUUUUGUUAAUGAUUUCUAAAAAUUUGAAUGUAUCAUUCAUACCUUAGUCAUACAUUUUUAGUUAUAGUCAAUUUAAUUUCUUAAUAUUUUCAAUUUAUGACUCAAUAAAUCAAGUUAUUCCUAAAUGUGUUAUGCAGUAGUCUUGUUUUCACAUUUUUUCUCGAGAAGUUAAAACUGCUGUUUCUAAGAAACUAUUGAUAAUAUAUGAAUGUAUGUUACAUUCAAAUUUUUAGAAUCAUAUUAUAUUUUUAUAAAAUGCCUUUUUUAAAAACUUUGUUAAAUGAAUAAAUAAAAGUAAUUUUUUUUAAAAGAUUAGGGUUGAAAAAAAAAUCAAAUUUUUUCCUAGACGGAUUGCUCUCAAAACAGCCGUUUGAAAAAAAUAAAACAAUUAUUAACAUCUUUAAAAAAAAAUACAUUGAACAUGAUGGGACAUUGUGUAUUACAUUUAUUAAAAUUCUAAUUCAAAAUCAACUACUGAAAAUGUAAAAUUCUAAUUUCCUAAUUCUAUUCUGGAUGUAUCAAAUUAAAACAUAGUAUAAGUGUUUUGUUUUUAAAUUGCUGUAGUGUAUUUUAUUAUCAAUUUAAAUCAAUUUCCUUUUAACUAUCAAAUAGCCAAAUAGAUAGGUUUAUAUAUAACACUUAUAUUAUAUUUGAAUGUACAUUAUUUUGUUCAAAUUUUCUUUUAAAUAGAAUUUAUAAAUAUGACAACAGUUUUUAGUGUUUUUGUUUUUAUUUUGUAGUAAAAAUAGUAGAUUUGAAAAAUGUAUAAUGUAUAUUUAGUGAAUAUACUUAAUAAUAAUAUAUAAUAUUUAAUAAUUUUAAUAAUUUACCAUCUACUUACCAAGUAAUAAAUUAUUAACUUAAAAUAUAUUUAUUAACACAUUUUAAGGUUCAAUUCUAAGAAAAAGAUUUAAGAUGUAAAUAAGGGUGUGUAUUAUAAAAUCACCACUUUAAUUUUAUUGCAACUUCGGUUCUUAAGCAUAUUUCUGUAUGAUUUUUUCUUUUUUUCUUUUUGUUAGAUCUAUUGCUACACAGCGGACGAACAAAAUACUUGAUGAAUGUUUAAUCAUCCAAAUCACCUUAUCCGGUUUCAAAUUAUUUCGUCAUCCUUUUCCUUAGUUUUAGUUGUAAACAAUUUGAAUCAAAAAAUUCUCAGGUUUUGGGGGAGCAAAUACAUCAUUCAAUCCUUUUUUGUAAAAACAAUAAAUGUAUAUAAUAUAUGUAGAUAUGUGUACGUGUAUAUGUGUAUAUGUUAAAAUGUAUGUACGUAUACACAUACACACAUACAGUCACAUAUACAUAUACACCCACAUAUUUAUAUGUGCCAUCCAUGUAAUUUUUCUUCUAAAAAAAAAGAGAGGACUUUUUUCUUCUAAAAAAGUAAAAAAAAAAAAAAAAAAAAAUAAUAAAACUUAUGAAUGUUUAUUUUAAUAUAUAAAAUAAAUAAAUAAUAAAAUGAACACUGAAAAAACACACCGACGCGGUUCGUUAUCAGAUGGCGCCAGCUGCAAGUGCAACCAGUCACGGUACAGGGGCUACCAACAGUAUGUCCGGUUACAAUAAGUCUGCAGCAGCACCUGCAGGAUAUAACAAUGUAUAUGAAACUCUUGGUUCGUCUUCAGUCGCUGGGUCAUCCAAUGAUUAUGGAAGUGCGACAAAAGUUGGUGUAGCCGGACAGCAGACUUCUCAAGCUCCUCAAGGCAAGACAAAUAAUUCUGAUCUUGCUGUCAUGUAUUCUAGCAAGUCAACACUAAAUAAAGUCAGUGUAAGUAUAUUUUUGAGUUUUUGUUAUUAAACUAAAAUUCAAAUGAAUUUUUAUUUUUAGCCUUAUGACAAACAACAGCAGUCAUUUCAGUCCCCACCACCAUUUUCUGUGUCUUUAAACAAUGGUGGAGUAGGUGGUCAUCAUAGUGGUGGAAGUUAUGCUCCAGUAUUCAUUUCACCAAUUCCUCCUGGCAAUCCACAGCCUCCAACCCACCAUCAUAUUCCACCAUUGCACCAUCAGGUUUAAAAAAAAUUUUAUAUUUUGUUAAUUAAUAUGUAUUAAAUUUAACAUUACAAAUAUUUUGUAUUUUCUGUUAUUAGAUUGAUAUGAGAGUUCAGAGCAGGCAAGGGGUAAGUAAAGAAAUAAAAAUGCUGAAAAAAAGUCAAAAUUAAUAAUUAUAAAAUUAAAAAUUUUAGCAAGAAUUAAGCAAUGGAACAGGUAACAUGAGCCGUAACCAAGUUGUAAAUCCUACAGCUAGUAAGGUGAAUGUUAAGCAAAAUUAUAACCAAGGCGCCACACCCUAUUGGAACUCCAACUGACUUAAGGGUCAAGUCCGUAUUUACAAUUUGACAACCUGUCCUUAGGAGUCAAUGAACAUUACUCAUUGAGAAAAUGGUAAUCAUACAGACGUGUCAUUUUCUUCUUUCAUACCAUAAAUCUUUUCGUUUACUCAAUAGUAUCACAGAUUUCACUUUAUUUUCCUGAAUAAUGUUUCAUUUGUUCAUUAGAUCAGGGGUAAUAAUUUAUUAUUAUUAUUA